UUCUCUCUCCUCUUUCUCUCUCCUCUCUGGAGAUCCGGAGGUCUAAGGAAAAUGGCUUACACCUUACCAGGAGGAACUCGGUUGAACUCGGCUCCAUUUCUUUGUAACUCAUCGUCAAGAGCGAGCUCAAUCGGAGAUUCAAAACGAAAUGGUGUAUCGUUCUUAUUGAAGAAACAUUCAUCCGGUAAGUUUUGGUGUGGUUCUAACUCCUCAUCUUUCAUAGUUGCUGCAUCUGGAAAAGUCCUAGUUCCUGGUGGAAGUAGUGAUGAAUCAUCACCAUUAAAGGAUCAGUUGGAAGCCACUUUUCCUGUGUCAGGAGAUCCUCAGAUUUCACAUGAUGACAUCAAUGGCACGGAAUUGGAAGAUCGUGAAUACAAGUUGGCUGAAGUUGGUUAUGCACAAACUGGCAGUGGGAUUAGUAAACUUGACAGAAAUGUUGAGUCUACCUCUGAAAUGUCUACUCCAUUUGAUGAGGAUAUAAGCAAUGAAGGGGAAGUAAUUAAGAGAAGGUGCAUUCCAGAACCUGGUACCGGUAAAGGGAUUUAUGCUAUAGACCCAUAUUUGAAGAGUCACCGCCAACAUCUUGAUUAUAGAUAUACACAAUACAAAAAAAUGCGUGAAGCAAUUGAUAGGCAUGAAGGGGGUUUAGCAGCAUUUGCAUCUGGAUAUGAACAUUUUGGUUUCACCCGCAGUGAUACAGGCAUUACAUUUAGAGAGUGGGCACCAGGAGCUAAGUCUGCAGCACUAAUUGGAGAUUUCAACAAUUGGAAUCCUGAUGCAAAUAUCAUGACUAAGAAUGAUUUUGGUGUCUGGGAGGUGUUUCUGCCAAAUAAUUCUGAUGGCUUGCCAGCAAUUCUCCAUGGAUCCAGAGUGAAGAUUCGGAUGGAUACUCUUACGGGUAUCAAAGACUCUAUACCUGCUUGGAUCAAAUACUCUGUUCAGGCACCUGGAGAGAUUCCCUAUAAUGGUAUAUACUAUGAUCCCCCAGAAGAGGAGAAAUAUAUCUUUAAGCAUCCUCGACCAAACAAGCCAAAGUCACUAAGGAUUUAUGAGUCACACAUUGGAAUGAGUAGCACGGAACCAGUAAUAAACACAUAUGCCAACUUUAGAGAUGAGGUGCUCCCUCGUAUUAAGAAGCUUGGUUAUAAUGCUGUCCAGAUUAUGGCCGUUCAAGAGCACUCAUACUAUGCUAGUUUUGGGUAUCAUGUUACUAAUUUCUUUGCUCCCUCGAGUCGUUGUGGAACUCCUGAGGAUCUCAAAUCUAUGAUAGAUAGGGCUCACGAGCUUGGUCUUGUUGUUCUCAUGGAUUUAGUUCACAGUCAUGCAUCAAAUAAUACAUUAGAUGGGCUGAACAUGUUUGACGGAACUGAUGGCCACUACUUUCAUUCUGGAUCUCGUGGUCACCACUGGAUGUGGGAUUCUCGUCUUUUCAACUAUGGAGAAUGGGAAGUAGCAAGGUAUCUUCUUUCAAAUGCUAGAUGGUGGUUGGAGGAAUAUAAGUUUGAUGGUUUCAGGUUUGAUGGCGUGACUUCAAUGAUGUACACACAUCAUGGGUUGCAGGUUGUAUUCACAGGAAACUACAACGAGUACUUCGGCUUUGCAACUGACAUUGAUGCAGUGGUUUAUUUGAUGCUGGUUAAUGAUCUCAUUCACGGGCUCUUCCCUGAAGCUAUUACAAUUGGUGAAGAUGUAAGUGGAAUGCCAGCAUUCUGUGUUCCUGUUCAAGAUGGUGGCAUUGGAUUUGACUAUCGCUUGCAUAUGGCCAUAGCUGAUAAAUGGAUAGAGCUUCUCAAGAAAAUGGAUGAGGAUUGGAAAGUUGGUGACAUUGUUUACACACUAACCAAUAGAAGAUGGUUGGAAAAAUGUGUUUCUUAUGCUGAAAGCCAUGAUCAGGCGUUAGUGGGGGACAAGACCAUUGCAUUUUGGUUAAUGGACAAGGACAUGUAUGACUUCAUGGCUUUGAAUAAACCGUCUACCCCUUCAAUAGAUCGGGGAAUAGCAUUGCAUAAGAUGAUUCGUCUCAUUACCAUGGGAUUAGGCGGAGAAGGUUAUCUGAAUUUCAUGGGAAAUGAAUUUGGUCAUCCUGAGUGGAUAGAUUUUCCCAGGGGCGAUCAAAAGCUUUCCAGUGGCAAGAUUAUCCCUGGAAAUAACAACAGUUUUGAUAAAUGCCGACGCAGAUUUGAUCUUGGAGAUGCAAAUUAUUUGCGAUAUCAUGGACUGCAAGAAUUUGACCAAGCCAUGCAGCACCUUGAAGAAGCUUAUGGUUUCAUGACAUCAGAACACCAAUAUAUAUCAAGGAAGGAUGAAGAUGAUAAGAUUGUUGUCUUUGAAAGAGGGAACUUGGUUUUUGUCUUCAAUUUUCACUGGACCAACAGCUAUUCAGAUUAUCGAAUUGGUUGCUUGAAGUCAGGAAAAUAUAAGAUUGUCUUGGACUCGGAUAGUACCCUGUUUGGUGGCUUCAACAGACUUAAUAAUCAAGCAGAGUACUUCACCUCGGAAGAAUGGCACGACAACCGCCCUCGAUCUUUCCAAAUAUACACGCCUUCUAGAACAGCUGUUGUCUAUGCUUUGACAGUAGAUUCACCAAAUCCACCGCCUAAGUAAGCCUUUAGAAGUCGAGAGGAGGUUGGUUUUAAGUAAGAAAAUGCAAAGGUAUGGGUGAAAUACUAUUUGCAUUCACAAAAUUGAAGUAUGCAGUUUGGGAGGACUGGUAAAUCAUUAGCAGCUAUGAUUUAGGUAUGAAUUACUACAGCAAUGAGAUCAUUCAAUUGCGUAUGAUAUUUUACCUUAGCUUA